CAAUUCGCCCGAUGUUCUUGUUGCACAGGUCGUGGGCCAGAAAUGACUCUGGCAUCGUUCAAAUCACCCCGGUGAAAUGUGACGUAUCUCUGAUACAUCAACUCGAGCACACCGUUUCUUAUGCGGUACCUACACAUGACCCUCAUCGUCACUUCCGAGUCGUUCUUGAUGUCAUUCCUGUACAACUUGCGCAGCUUGAAAGCUUUUGUCAAGUUGUACGAGCGGCGCAUGAUGCAUUAGUUGGUGAGUGACUUUGAGUUUUCCAGC